GAACCAUGAAUGCUAUCCAUCUGGCUCCGCACGCGCCCACCACCCCGUUCGUAUCUCAGACUUCUAGCCUACCCUGAACGUCUCAAUAUCCUCAUCGCACGGUCCUAAUGGACUUGCGCAGUACAAUCAUCUGCUCUAGUCGCAGUGACGCUUUAUGAAUCCUCCUCAUCCUCUCCCUCGCCCCUCAUACCCGUCGUUAUUCACCUGCGCUCUGCUUACUGCGUACUGUGCCGCGGCAUUGAUGAGCUCGGCCCUCGAGCAUUAUUCACCUGGAUCGUUGUCGUCGUUCAUACCCAUUGGGCAAUCUCCUACCUUGCUAUCAUCCAUGGAAGCAAACAUGCAGAUCACGACUACCCCGUCGGGUUCAUUCGACGCCUGUGCAUCGUCCUUUACUUCCAAUGGCCAGCAGACACCCCAGCACCUGAUGUUCAAUAAUCCGAACACGAGCAAUGGUAUGAUGGCGCCAUCAGGAUCAUUUCGCUCCUUCUCGGAAGCGAAUGGCUUCAAUCCUGCGCAGCACGGUGGUCCCGCUCAAAUAUACACAGCUGUUUACUCGGGCGUAUCAGUAUACGAGCUCGAAGUCAACGGUAUUGCUGUUAUGAGGAGGCGAUCGGACUCUUGGCUGAAUGCAACGCAAAUCCUCAAAGUCGCUGGUGUAGACAAGGGAAAGCGAACCAAAGUUUUGGAGAAAGAGAUAUUGACCGGAAACCAUGAAAAGGUCCAGGGCGGUUAUGGAAAAUACCAAGGGACGUGGAUUGAUUACAAGCGGGGGAGAGAAUUCUGCCGUCAGUAUGGUGUCGAAGAGCUAUUACGCCCAUUACUGGAGUAUGAUGUGAGUGCAGACGGGAGCGGCGCUCCCGGCCAAGGUAUGGACACGCCUACCAAAGAACAGGCCAUGGCGGCGAAUCGUAAACGUUUCUACACUACCUCGAUGGAAGCACGCGCGCCAGCCCAAAAUUCUGAUGGGACAUUCUUCUCAAACAUAUCGUCCACGGCAUCGAAUGCUCUAGCUGCAAUGAACAAGGUCGCACGAAUGAACUCACCUACGCCUCGGCCAGGCAGCUCACAGCGUCGGCCAGGCACAAUAGGGGGACGACCGUCGCAGCCUCCGAUGGCCAGUCAGGAAUCGUUUCGCAGUAGUCAACAGAGUAUGCAGAGUAUACACUCCGAAAAAAGCUUCGGUGCCACAGGCCAAGGUGAUUCUACUUAUGGCACAUCCAGCGCACUUUACGGAGCAGACGGAAUGGAAACACAGGAGCCACCACGAAAACGAAUGCGAUCGGACCAUGGCGAUUCAUUCGCCCAGUCUAACGGUGGACGUGAUGUUGCAAUGCGGGAUGGUUCGCCAACAGAACCGAAUGAAUCGUUCACAGGGCAGAUGUCUUUGCCACAAGUACCGCCUGUGGAGGGCGAAGCACCCACUGCUUUGCCACCACUACCUCCUCCCAAAAAUAAGAUGACAGACGAGAAGCAGGCAUACUUAACAGAUCUCUUUGCAGACACAUCUAGGACCGACUUUGCCGACCAUCCAGCGCUUCGUCACCUGUCCGGUGCUGAACUCGAUUUGCCAAUCGAUAAUGCCGCGAACACCGCAAUGCACUGGGCUGCUACUCUGGCUCGAGUCUCACUGAUGCGUCUGCUUGUUUCGAAAGGUGCCAAUAUGUUCCGUGGCAAUGCUGCGGGACAGACUCCAUUAAUGAGCGCUGUGUCGGUCAAUAACAGCUUGGAUCAUAGUUGCUUUCCUGAAACGCUGGAGAUCUUAUCUCCUCUAAUCGAGUUCAGGGACCACCAGGGCCGCACCAUUCUGCAUCACAUAGCAGUUACGUGUGCAAUUAAAGGAAGGGCCUCUUCGAGUAAAUACUACUUGGAAGCCCUAUUGGAAUUUCUAGUACGCAGCAAUUCAGCAAAUGGGCAACAAGCUUCCUUCGACGUUGGCUCUAGUAAUAAGCCAAUAGGCCUCAUGCGUUUCAUGGGUGAAAUGGUAAAUGCCCGAGACAAGAGCGGAAAUACUGCUUUGAAUCUGGCUGCAAGGAUUGGUAAUCGCAGUAUAAUUCGUCAACUUCUCGAAGUACAGGCUGAUGUCACUAUUCCUAAUUACAAAGGGAUGCGGCCUAUUGAAUUUGGAGUCGGUGUCGACGUGGACAAGUCUGGAUACUCACAAAGCCAAGCUGGAUCACCACCCAAGGGCAAAGCGCCGUUGAGCCGAAGUGAAGAAACAAGCCGAGAGAUCAUGCCCCUGUUUAAUUCGUUCCUCUCUCAAGCGGAAACGCAAUAUAGCGCAGAAACAAGAAUAAAGCAGGAUCAGAUCGAUAAAACAAACAGUAUGAUUAAGGAGCUUUCUACACACCAGAAACUUGAAUCGCAAAAACUUGAUGUCCUCCGCCAGCGUAAUCAGGUAAGGUCUGAUCGUCUGCAACGUAUACAGAACCUCCGUCGAUGGGCCGAGUCGCAAAGGCGCGCACUUGCCAACAAAGAGCCCGCAGCAUUGACGAGACUCAAGGCCUGCUCUAUUGGGGACGCAGAUUUGGAUACCGGAGUCGCCGUAAGGGCAGACCAUUUACCAGACAGUGUUUUAUCUCUCACGACGAUCCUUCCGUCAUCGACCGCCCCUGAAUUCACUUCAUCGAUUAAUGGAAACCUGGAUAUUGACACAUUGUCUGGGCCACACCAGGCAUUCCUUUAUUCGCUACCUCCGGUUCAUGUGCUGAAGGCUCGUCUAUCGGCCUAUAUCAGUAACAAUUCCAAUCUUCAAGAGCGAUGCAAAUCUCUCAAAGAAAGGAACGGCGAACUCGAGGCGCAGUACCGGAAAAUUAUUUCCAUAUGUACGAAUACAGACGAGACACGUAUUGAGGAAUCAUUAUCCGGCUUGGUCGCGGCUGUGGAGAGCGAGACUUCUGAUGGUAUUGAUGUUAGCAGAGUGAAGGAAUUUUUGCGGAAAGUUGAAGGUGUGGACCCAUGAAUCCAGGCCAUCGUUGGACAGGCUAUUUCGUUGUCGAGCCGAAUUCUCGAGCAGUUCAUUGGCGUUAUUGGCAUAAGGUGAAGAUACCAUACAUGGUGGCUCGUUCUGACGAUUGCAUCAACAAUGAAAGUCUUUUUGGACCAGGAUUCCCACGCUAUGUAAUGUUAUGGCUUUGAACGAAUUUAGCGGCCUAGUGCCAUUGCCUUGGGAGAUUUCUCGAGCUAGAGCAAAUAUAAGCACAAGAGGCCAGAAAGUGAAUAUAACCGAGAAACCACCUGGGUCCAUGUAGUAGUUGGCGUUCCGACACUCUAGCCUAGACUGGCAGGACGAGGAUGAAUGGUGGCAUUCGCCCCGAAUAUGACAAACUCUUCUUCCAGCUCGUCGUCCCUCCGCAUCUGCAGCAAGUCAUGUUGCUUUUGAUAUUGAGCUGUUCGUUGUUAUUCGGAACCUAUUGAGCCGUCUGCAUCAAAAAAACAACAUU